CCCAAAUCAAACUAAAAAUUCCUUGUUUCAUUUUCCUGUUUUCCUCUCUCCCGACCAGGACAUCGUGCGGAACUGACAGCGGUGGAGUAGUGGAGUUACGGCGUGAGCCAGACCGGCGGUGGACUGUGGACGGCUGAGCAGAGGGAAACUCCUUGUUGGGCAUGAAAAGGACUGGUUGCAGGUUCAUUUAUGUACUGCACAUUGGUGAUUUGAAUGGUUGACAUAUUUUUUGGUACUUUGAUGGAGUGCAACAAAGAUGAAGCCCUCAAGGCUAAGGAGCUUGCAGAGAAGAAAAUGCAAAAUAAUGAUUUUGAAGGGGCCCAGAAGAUUGCAGCUAAAGCUCAACGACUUUACCCUGAUCUAGAGAACAUUAAUCAGUUGCUAGCUGUCUGCAAUGUUCACUGUUCAGCUAAAAACAUGUUGGGAUUGGACAAGGAUUGGUAUGGAAUCCUUCAAGUUGAUAGAUCAGCAGAUGAAGUAACCAUUAAGAAACAGUACCGAAAACUCGCACUUGUCCUUCACCCCGACAAGAACAAGUUCCCUGGUGCAGAAGCUGCUUUUAAGAUUAUUGGGGAGGCAAAUGUUGUGCUUUCAGACCAAACAAAAAGGUCUAUAUAUGACAGUAAAUGUAGAGCUUCAGUUAGAAGUACUUCGAUUUCGAUGAGACAACCACCUCAUCAGGUCAACCCCCCUGUAAGGUCAAAUUUUUUUUCAAAUGGUUUCACUUCUCAGUUCAGUGGCCAAAAUCAUUAUCAAAAGGUACAAUCAACUUCAUCAGUUCGUGAAACGUCGUUCUGGACGACCUGUCCUUUUUGCAGUGUUAGGUUUCAGUAUAUGCGGGAGAUAGUCAACCGGGCAGUGUGCUGCCAAAACUGCUUGAAAUCCUUCAUUGCAUAUGAUUUAGGUUAUCAAGGUGUUCCAACUGGAGUUGGCUUACGUCAGCCUAGUCAACCUCAGCAGAGAGUGGUUCCAAAUCAAGGAACCACCAAAAUGGCUGCAAACACAGCUGGAUUUCCAUCUUCCCAUAAAGAAUUUCAACAUGGCUCUGGGGUUAAGUGGUUUGGGCACAAAGCAAGGACACAGAGAGGGAAUACUUCUAAGGUAUUUGAGGAUUUGAAGGCUAAAGAGAUACAUGGAAAUGGUGUGAACUCAGUGGCCGGUGGUUUGAGAGGGGCUGGCACUCGCAAGGUGAAUGAAUGGCCACAAGAUUGUAGAAAUUUUAAAAACAAAAGCAGGAAAAGGAGCAGGAAACAGGCAUCUGAAUCAAGUGAAAGUUUUGAUACCUCAAGCGGCAAUGAGUCAGAAGAUUUCAAUAAUGAGAAGGGAAGCAAUCCUGCUGGAGGACAGGGACACGGGCCUAAUGGUAAUUUUGUCAGAAGAUCUUCUCGGCGAAGGCAGAAUGUCUCAUACAAUGAAGCUGAGGAAGAGGAUGACCAAAUAAAUCAUCCAAAAAUAGUGCCAGACAGCAAACCAGAAGAAAAAGGAGUGCCUUCUGAACAGAACUUGCACGAAGGAAAUAUUAAUGCCCCAAAUGUUAAUGUGGAUGGUGCUAGUUUAACUGUAAAUGGUGCCAAAAAUAUUGAAGUUAUUGAUUGUGAAUCAGAUUCUGAGAUCAAUCAUAAUUCAGCUCCUACGGAAUUUGAUUAUCCUGAUCAGGAAUUUCAUGAUUUUGAUAAGGUAAAAGAAGAAAAGUGCUUCGCAGUUGGCCAACUAUGGGCUUGUUAUGAUGCAAUAGAUGGCAUGCCAAGAUAUUAUGCCCAUAUAAAACAAGUAGUUUCUCCUGAAUUUUCCCUAAAGUUUAAUUGGCUUGAGGUUGAUCCAGAUAGCGACUUUGAUAUUUAUUGGACUAAAGCUGGAUUACCUGUUGGAUGUGGCAAGUUUAAACGUGGGAGUUCAGAUUCCACUGAUAAUCUCACCUCAUUCUCUCAUCAAAUGCUUGUGGCAAAACCGGCAAAGGGUAGGAAGGGUUCAUACGUAAUAUAUCCUAGUAAAGGGGAGAUUUGGGCUCUUUUCAGAGGCUGGGAUAUUAAUUGGAUCUCUGAGCCUAAUAAACAUCAGUCGUUUAAGUAUGAAAUUGUGGAGGUGCUUGAUUAUAUUGUUGAUAUUGGCUUUAAAGUUGGCUACUUGAAUAAAUUGGAUGGAUUUGUGAGUCUUUUUCAGAGAACAAGCCAGGGCGAUGCUGAUUCAUCAUCAUUUUUAAUAAAGCGCAAUGAGCUUCAUAGGUUCUCCCAUAAAAUUCCCUCCUUCAGAUUGACUGGAACUGAAAGAGAAGGUGUGCCUAAGGGAUCUUUUGAACUUGAUCUUACUUCUAUACCUCAAGAUCCUAAUGACCUUUGGUAUCCUCUGAAAGAUGUGAUCAGAAAUGUUGAACCAGAAGUGAAGAGCCCCGGCAGAAAUGGUAAACCAAGGACACCUAAGAAGGUUGGCACGCCUAACAAGUCCACUGAUUGCAAAGAGGUGAGUGAUGGUGAGAUGGCUAAGCAUCGAAAGUCACCAAGGGCUGCCAGGAAAAGAUAGAAAACCGAUCAAUUCUAUUCCAUUGCUCUCUGAACUAAAAGAUAGUACUAGGGACCAGUGCGGUAGCAGUGCUGAAAGAUUCUAACUUUUUGUGAUUCGUGAUGGUGAAUUGGUGAUGGUGGUGGUAAGAGUUUGAAGUUUUUCAACCUUCUUCCUCUCUUCAGUCAUCAUCCCUGUGAAAUAUGUUAUGUUAUUUGGAGGCCAAGUGAAUGUUUAACAGAUUGAAUUUGUAGGUGGAUUUGUUAUGUGUAUUGUAUGUUUUGUGGUUUAGGAUAAUGCUUUUAUUUUUCUCAAGACUUCCAUUUUGACUUCCUUGUAUGAUACUUAUGGGGACUUGUAUUUUAACCCUCUGUCUCAACUUAACUCCUAUUUCUAUAACCUUUA